AUGGACCAUGAUGCCAGUGUCCUGUUCCAGAAAGUGGCCCACAAGCUGGGCUGGACCCGUGAGGGGGGGCUGGAAUCAGCUGAGCAGGAGCUCCUGAGGAGCAUUGGGAAGAGUAGGCGUCCUGCUACUGGGAGGUCCGAUGCUGCUUGCUCCCGUGUGAAAUCCACCAAGAGCGAGCUGUCGGACAGCGACGACUCCACGAAGGAGAACUGGUCGCCGAAGGGGUGUAAGGUGCUCAACCUGGACUCCAGCGAUGACGAUGACUUUGACCUCUUUCUUCUCGAGAAGACCACACCUCAGAUUGGUGUCCACCGCCCACGUCGCCCACCAAAGGACAACGUAGCCUGUGACAGUCCACAAGGCCAGGUGGAGAGUUCAGACUCUGAUGACUUUGAGACAUUCCUGAGCCGUGUCAAAACACCGAAGACUAAGCCAGUGGCACCAAGGGGUGGCCGUGAUGACAGUCUCAAAGAUUUCAUAGUGGACAGCUCAUCGGAUGAAGACUUCGUCACAGAUGGGAGGAAGAAGAAGUCAGCUUCCAGAGCUGUCUCAAAAACGCCAAGGUCUGUUCAGACCCCUCCAACGGCAUUGGAACAACCCCCUGCUCAGUCUGAGUCACCAGUCUUCCUGAGUGACGAGGAUGAAGACGUGGUUAUUACGAGCACCUGGAAGUCGCGUCACCCCCCACGUAGUUCUUGCUUCACAGGGCAGGUGUUUAAAGAGCAGGCUCUGACACCCAGAGCUUCCAGCCCAGUCCGAUCUCUGCCUCCCUCCUCUGCCCCUUCAAAGAUGACGUACCGCACGCCACUCCGGCUGGAUGACUCCAGCUCAGAGGAGGAGUUUCUUUCCCUUUUGGACAGGCUGAAACAGAACAGCCUGAGCAACAGGAAGAACACAGAGACACCCAAGCCCAAAGCAGAGCCCAAGAAGAAGCCCUCCCUGUCAGUUCCGUCUGGACAGGGCCUGAGGCAGGAUUCAGGCGGAGCUGGACAUUGGAGGGUGGACAAAGGAGCCCAAGGGGUCAACACCCCAGUGCAUCCAGCACAAAGCAAACCUGAGAGCCACACGGAGCCUAGAGCUGUAGUCGGCGGCAGAACAGUGGUUUGCAAGACCCCCAACUGCUUCCUGCAGUCUUUAUCUGCCCCUGGAUCAGUCUACUGCCGCAGCUUCAAGCAGCUCAAGGAAGAGCUUACCGGCAAGCUGUACCAGCUCUACAACAGGAGUGUGUUUGACAGCAAGCUCCCUACCGACAUGUCGGUCACUUGGAAUAAAAAGAUGAGGAAGACGGCAGGGUACUGCAUCACAGGGCAGGAUCGCAGCAGUGGGAGUCGCUAUGCCCGCAUUGAGCUCUCUGAGAAAGUCUGUGACUCUGCAGACCGCCUGAGGGACACACUGGUGCAUGAGAUGUGCCAUGCAGCCACCUGGCUCAUCAAUGGUGUACGCGAUGGCCAUGGUCCCUUCUGGAAGCUGUACGCCCGCAAGGCUACAUUGGCACACCCCGAGCUGCCUAUGGUGACCCGCUGCCACAGCUACGACAUCAACUACAAGUACCAGUACCAGUGCAGCUGCUGCAAGAACAUCAUUGGGCGUCACUCAAAGUCUCUGGACACCCAGCGCUUCGUGUGCGCUCUUUGCGCCGGCAAACUCGUCCUGCUGUCCUCUGGAAAAUCGCGGGGCCCCACUCCCUUUGCCAGUUUCGUCAAGGAGCACUACAGUAGUGUGCGCCAGGAGCUGGCGGGUCAGGGACAUGCUGAAGUGAUGCGCAAGCUCAGCGCCGACUUUGCAGCCAAGGCUCGGCUGAGCUGCAGCUGAGAUUCUGCUGCCUGUGCCCCUUCAGUCUCGAUAGAGUCAUCAGGCAGCUUCUUAGUCGAUCAACUCUCUGCUGGGAGAUGAGACUCCCCUUCUUGGGCUGCUGGGGGUCUGUAGGGGAAACAGGCACCAGUUUAAUGAGCGAUCCUCAGCAUGACGGCAGCCUGGGAAUCAACGGGCUGUGGAGCACUCUCCUCUCGCAGCAGGGUGGGGAGUCUGGGCCGAAAUCCAACAGUACCUCAUGGGAUCUGUGCAGGAGCAGCUGCUUGUCUGCAUUCUCACAGAAUAUUUUAUUUUUCAGCUUUAAACUGUGAAAUACACUGUGUUUGAGAACAGUCUUCACUAUUCAUACUUUGGAAGUCGAAAUCGAAUGACUUGUGACUCCAGUGGUGAAAUGGUGCUACGUGCAGUGCUAUGCAGCCAUAGACAAGGGAACCAAAAGGCCAUCAACUGUG